UUACAAGCAACACAGAGACUCCGAUUAAGAAGAAGAGCAAGCUUUCCUUCUUUUUUAUUUGUGUUUGGUUCUUUUUUCCUUUUUUUUUUCUUCUAAUCCCCUCAGUAACCAUGAAAGCAAAGGCACCGUUGAAAAGCGGUAAAGCUCGAUCAUCGAAACUCAAACAAUUCACACAUUACCUUGCUCAGCAUCAAAUUGGGUUUCCGCUUCGUAUCAUAGCACCGGUGCUCAUCGGUUACCUAUUCCGUUUUCCUUACUUUGAUAAGCUCAUCUUCAUCAGUAAUGAACGGCCAGACGGACGAUUCGAGAAAAGCCUUUGGGACAUUCCCUUUUUACUGUUUUAUAUCUGCGUAUUCACCGUCUUGCGUGCCCUUGCCAUGACUUAUAUCCUUAUUCCGCUUGCCGUACGAACCCAUGUCGCCCGCAAAAAGCAUCAACGAUUCGCUGAACAGUCAUGGUCCUUUAUUUAUUACACCAUCAGCUUUAGCUACGGUAUUUAUGUAAUGUACCAUUCGCCUUGGUGGUUCGACACGACGUAUUUUUGGCGGGAUUAUCCUGUGCUGGAUUACACUCAGGAGUUUAAAUACUAUUAUCUGCUUCAGUUUGCGUUUUGGCUUCAACAGAUUUUCGUUUUGCAAAUCGAGGCUCCUCGCAAAGAUUACCGAGAAUUGGUUAUGCAUCACAUUAAUACCCUUUUGCUGAUCAGUUUGAGUUACGGAUGUAACUUUACUCGUGUGGGCAAUGCCGUAUUUGUGUGCAUGGAUCUUCCCGACGCUUUCUUGGCACUUGCGAAAUCACUCAAUUACAUGAUUCCGGGCUAUAUUUGCAAUACCACCUUUGUAUGUAUGCUGAUCUCUUGGAUGUACACUCGCGUGUACUUGUACGGCCGCAUUAUCUGGUCCACCUAUACCGAGCCUGAAUUGUACGUGCCGGAAUUUAAACUGGCUCCCUUGAGCGGCCACUUUUUCCCGUGGUUUGUAAAGUAUAUUAUUCUUGGUUUGAUGCUCGGUCUCUACUUUUUGAUCCUGUUCUGGACCGCCAUGAUUUUCAAGGUCCUGUACAAAAUGGUCACCGAUACCGCCAAGGAUGUUCGAUCCGAUGAUGAAGACGAAGAUCAACACAUUGCCAUGGAACACUAUGAAGGACACAGCACGUCUACGGAUGUUUAUCGACAAGCGAAUCAACGUUUGACGAAAGCAAAUACGAAUGGAAAAGCGUGAUGAGGGAGCUUCUUAAUAUCGAUUCUUAUUUUUUUGUUAUAAUGGUAUUUGUUGUUGUUGUUGUUGUUGUUUUUUAUUCUUCAUUUUUUUUAUCUAUUGUGUUAACUAGAGAAAAACCGCUAAUAAUACUCUUAAU